AUGUGUCUUCAGUCGACGUCGCUGUUCACUGGCAAGGACUAUGAAAAACAAACAAAGAGGGAUAACAAGGCUGCUGUUGAAUCCCAUGAAAAGUGUAAUAUCUACGCUGACGUCACUAGUAGUUCUGCUGCUUAUCCAAGUGAACCUGAAUAUCGAAGCAAACACUUAAAUACAAAGCAGUUUCAUUCAUCUCUAAAGAGGACUACUACGACUUCGAGCGGCAAGCAUACACAAUAUACUUACAUACCGUCAGAACCCCCCACAAACGACAACGUCGAAGCAACAGCAGCAGCAGAAACAACAAAAGAAGAGAUCAUCAGGACUAAAAUGUUUGCUAAAGAAUUUACAAGAAGUUUAUUGUGA